AUGGUAGAAGAAUGUACAUCUACAAUGGAAAUAAAUAGCGAUAAAAUACCCACGUCAAAUAUAAUUAAUGAAGGUUCAACAAUUAUAAUCUAUUUGGGUUAUAAUAAUUUACAUGUACUUAAAGUAAAACAAAAUGAAACAUUUCAAAUGAAAUUUGGUGCAUUAAAACAUAAUGAUAUUAUCGGAAAACGAUAUGGAAGUAAAAUUAUGUGUUCGAAAGGUUACAUACAUGUGUUAGCACCUGAACCUGAAUUAUGGACUUUAGCUUUACCACAUCGUACACAAAUACUUUACAUGCCAGAUAUUAGCCUUGUAAUAUUAGAAUUGGACAUUAAACCAGGUUCUAUUGUGAUAGAAGCAGGUACUGGUAGUGGAUCCCUGUCACAUUCCAUUAUACGAUCAAUCAAGCCAAAUGGACACUUACACACAUUUGAAUUUCAUGAAUUAAGAUCAAAUAUAGCCAAAACGGAAUUCGAGGAGCACGGACUUGCUGAUUUUGUCACAGCGUAUCAUCGUGACGUACUACGAGAUGGAUUUCUUCAUGAAAAUAUAGCUGAUGCUGUAUUUCUUGAUUUACCUGCGCCGUGGGACGCUAUUGAACAUGUUAUUAAAGUUAUGAAAAAAACAGGUGGACGUUUAUGUACAUUCUCACCGUGUAUUGAACAAGUUCAACGUACAUGUCAACGCUUAAGAGCUUGCGGUUUUGAAGAAAUAUCAACAAUUGAAUGUUUACGUCGCACACAUGAAUUUAAAUAUCAACAUAUGCCAAAAAUUCGAUUUACUAGUGAACAAGAACAAAAAGAAGAAAAUGAGGAGGAAGAAACGAAAUCACCCAGUAAAAGGCAUUGUAAUGAGGCAAAUAAUGAAGAAAAGAAUGGUAUGAAAGUCGACUUGGAUGGAUCACAAAAACCAAAAGAUAUUGUACAAAUGAUUACAGCAGUGGGUCCGCCAUCAAUGGCUGGUCAUACAGGAUUCUUGACGUUUUCUUACAUUCAACAACUUAGUUGA